AUGGUCGUCCUCACUUCAGCUUUACUUUCCCUGCUGCUCCCUGCCGCGGUGCUGGCCAGGCCUAAUCAGCAUGAAAGGCUGCAUAUGAAACACAAGCGCCACGGGGAUUUCUCUGACAUUCACCCAGACGGCAUUCAUGGCGGUCCACCAACCAACAUCUAUCCUCACCCCACCGGUACCUCCGGUGCGCCAUUCCCGAUAGGAAACACAACCACCGUUGCGCCGACCGGCACUGGUACCGGCGCAAGCGUGCCAGGAGGAGUGGUGACAAUUUCGUCGGUCAUCAGUAUCGUUCCGGUGCCCAUAAGCAGUGGUCAGUCCGUACCCGCAGAAUCACAAGGCGGGAAUGGCGGCUCCCCCACGCAGCCAAGCGGGUCUGGUGCGUCUGGUGGACCAGGAGGGAAUGGGGGCUCGGGCUCAGGAUCUGAUCAAUGUGGUCCUGCUACUGUCACUGUCACAUCUGCGAAGACUGUCACUGUCACAGUGCCAGCCGCUGGUGCCCAAUCACAAGGUCCAGCUCCUGUACAGAGCUCUCCAUCCUCAAAUGAAAGCUCAUCGCCGGUUCAGCCGAAACCUGAAGCCAAAGCGGAGACCAAGCCCGAGAGCAAACCUACGACUCAGCCAGAAUCCAAGCCUGAGCAGAAGUCCACUGGGAACAGCAGCCCUAUCGCAAACACCCAGCCAAAACCUCCGACUGAACAGAAGCAGGAGAAGCCUGCGAGCUCACCUGCAAGCAAGCCAGAGACUAAGCCUGCGGAGGCCUCUACUCAGAACUCAAGCCCCAUUGGCUCCAACAACCAACAGUCACCCAGCAAACCCCAGACUGAGCAGAAGAAGGAACAGCCAAAGGUGUCACAGUCCGCACAGCCUAGUCCAUCCUCCAAACCGACUGAAGAAAAGAGCUCUCCGUCCGGUGGAAAGAGAGGCAUCCUUUACAAGACACUUGAUGAAGCCAACGGUAUGAAAGGCAUGUCAUGGGGCUGCAAUUGGGACUCUUCCCCCAUGCCCGCCGUCGGCCACGCUCAAGGCAGUUUGGAUUUCGAAUUCGUGCCUCAGCUUUGGGGUCCCGAGGACGUCCACACCAGCAUCUGGGCUGCCAACUCCCAGGGAGCCAAAUACGUCAUGGCCUUCAACGAACCCAACCAGCCCCAGGGCGCUGGUGGGUGCGGUCCCAUGGAUGCCAUUGCUGCGGUUGGUCCUUAUGAAUCCAAUUUCAAGGCCAACAAGGACGCCGGUCAGAAGAUUGUCUCACCUUGCGUCAGCAACGAGGCUCACGAAUGGCUCGACACCUUCAUUAGCGCAACCAGUCUCAAGCCAGACGCCGUUUGCUUCCAUUGGUAUGGUCAGAACAAAGACGAAUUGAAGGGCAUCGUCGACACUUUCAAGGAUCUGCAGUCGAAGCACGGUGUUCCCGAGCUCUGGCUCUCUGAGUUCGCGGUCAAUGGCGGUCUCGCACCUAGUGACAUGCAGGAUCUGCUCAGCUAUCUCGAGAGCAGUGGUGUCGACAGGUAUGCCUACAACGCAGAGAAGAUGGCUGUCCAAGCGGGUCUCAAGGAGGCUUACCAGGCUAUUGCUUCUUUGAUUGGGGGCAACUAG